UUAUCGAUUACCGAUCAUUAACCUCGCAUAUCCGCCGAAAAGAGCAACAAAUCCGCUUGGACGUCUCACUCCAUCUACUGUUUCACUGGGAGUGGAAAGAACUGUUUUUUAUUCACUUUUAGGUUGAGUGAGCUCGCCUCCGGUGGAAGGGCCAGACGGAUCUUGCUUUCGGCCUCAUUUCUAACAUCUCAUAGUGACAGACGACCCUUCUUUAUGGCUAUUGCGCUGACAUCUAGUUUCCUGCAACUGAAGAAGUGCGAGGUCGAUUUCCAUACUUUUUACCCCUCCAAGAAACCUAUUGUAUCACUUAGAAGAUACACUACAAUGGCUGCUAUCAGCACCACAAAAUCUGUUGGGAUUUCCGAAACAUUCAAUAGACUGAAAAGAGAAGGAAAAGUGGCUUUUAUCCCAUACAUCACUGCUGGUGAUCCUGACCUUUCAACCACUGCAGAAGCACUGAAGGUGCUUGAUUCAUGUGGCUCUGACAUAAUUGAGCUAGGAGUUCCAUACUCUGAUCCUUUGGCAGAUGGUCCUGUUAUCCAGGCUGCUGCUACCCGUUCCUUGGGAAGGGGUACCAAUUUAGAUGCAAUUAUAUCCAUGCUGAAGGAGGUUGUUCCACAGUUGUCUUGUCCAAUUGCACUGUUUACUUAUUACAACCCAAUACUCAAGCGUGGCACUGGGAGAUUUAUGUCCACUAUUAGCAACGUUGGUGUCCAUGGGCUUGUGGUUCCUGAUGUUCCCCUGGAGGAGACAACAGCUUUGAGGAUGGAAGCUAAGAAGCAUGGGAUUGAAUUGGUACUCCUCACAACACCCACUACUCCAACGGACCGGAUGAAAGCCAUUGUUGAAGCUGCAGAGGGAUUUAUUUAUCUUGUGAGUUCAGUAGGAGUCACUGGAACUCGAGCAUCAGUGAGUGAUAAGGUUCAGGCUCUUUUGCGUGAAAUUAAAGAGACGACAACAAAGCCCGUGGCAGUUGGUUUUGGGAUAUCAAAACCAGAGCAUGCGAAACUGAUAGCGGGAUGGGGAGCUGAUGGGGUGAUUGUUGGCAGUGCUAUGGUGAAGUUGCUUGGUGAGGCCAAAUCUCCCCAGGAUGGGUUGAGAGAAUUAGAAAACUUCACCAAGUCGUUAAAAUCUGCACUUCCUUGAAAACUAGUUGAUGAACUUGAAUGAAUAAGAUUCAUAUCCUCUUCACACUUCUGUAGUACCCCCAACUGUUUUCCCUAGUGUUCCAUCUCAUUGAACUACCUUUGACACAAUAAGUAAUCUACAUUUUAUUGCACACAUAUAUAUUGUCUCCCUUUUUUCAA